AUGGGCCGAUGCACUACGUCCGACCGUAACGCAUCGCCAACAUGGGCGAUCGAGGAAGAGUCACCGCAGCCGCUGACACUUCUGAGCGCGGCUGAGCGUAUCAUUAGCUCGAUCAUUGGACAAACCAGAUCGGAUACGGCUGAACUCGACGAUACGGAGGCGACAAGCGGCGAGCCGUGUGCAGACUCGGACGAGACCAGGUCAGACGUGGCUAAACUCCAGAGUUCUCAAACGAGCAACGAGGGAGUGAGCCCCGACCCGCCGCCCCGUGCUAUGCCCCUUUCCCCGACGGGGACGCGGCCCAACAAGCGAGCUCGCGACGGGGACGAGACCGAGACCGAGGAGCAGCCGGCAUCGAAGCGGCGAAGGGCGACCAGUACCGACCAAGGCCCGCUCGCUCGAAAUCCCGCGCUUCCAGCGCACCGCCGUUCCUGUGCGUCGAGGACGACGCCGCCGCCGCCACCAUCGCCAGCCCGCCGACGACCACCAACCCCUCGCAGGGCGGACGGGGGGAUCGGUCCGCCGAGCCGCAACCCAAACCCACAAACCGCAGCCAACCCCGCCGCAGUGCCCGGAUUGCCGCGCGCCAGGCGUAGGGAGGCGGGGGGUUCGUUAGGGUAGGGGAGUGACGAGCCGAUGGAGGCUGGGCUUUUCGUUAUUUGCGGGAUCUGUCUGGGUACGAUGAUGGUGGAGGAGGGUGGGAUCGAGUUCCGUGGAGUGUUGUUGCUGGAUGAGGAAGUAUUCGUAUUCUGAGGACAGACGAAAGGGAGGAUUUGAGCAUCU